AUGGGCUUACUUGAGGAUGAUGCGCAAUGGGACGCUACGAUGGCCGAAGCAGCUACUGUUCAAUCGCCUGCACGACUGAGAAAUCUAUUCGUCAUUUUACUAUUAACAUGUGGUCCAUCGAAUCCGGGACAAUUAUGGGAAUCCUACAAAGAAAGUUUAACCGAAGACAUCCUCAUACAAGCUCGCAGAGAGAAUCCUGGAAUAGUUUUAGAUUAUACACCCGAUAUGUUCAAUCAAACAUUGAUUAUUCUUGAAGAUAAAGCUCUGGGAAUGGCUGGCAAAGAUCUCAAACAAUUAGGUCUUCCAACUCCUCAAAGAACUCUUGAUCAGAGGGCUGCUUAUAAUGCUAUAUUAGAUCGGAUCAAUAGAAAAGCCGGUGGAAUAAUUUUUCUCGAUGCACCAGGUGGAACAGGAAAAACAUUUGUCAUUAAUCUACUCUUGGCUAAAAUUCGACAGCAGUCUAAAAUUGCAAUUGCAGUGGCUUCUUCAGGAAUUGCUGCUACGCUGCUUCACGGUGGUCUUACUGCUCAUUUAACAUUAAAGCUGCCUCUCAACCUUACACAAUGUGAAGCUCCACUUUGUAAUAUUAGCAAAGGUGCUGAAGAAGCCAAAGUUUUACAAGAAUGUAAACUUAUUGUAUGGGACGAAUGUACAAUGUCACAUAGACAAGCAUUAGAGGCUCUGGGUUGUACACUUCAAGAUCUUCGUGGCAAUGGGAAACUCAUGGGUGGAGCUGUUUUGCUUCUAGCUGGUGAUUUUUGUCAAACGUUGCCUGUCAUCCAGAAAGGAACAAUGGCUGAUGAACUCAAAGCCUGCUUGAAAGCUUCAUACGUCUGGAGACAUGUUCAUAAGCUGGAACUCAAAACCAACAUGCGAGUACAUUUACAGGGUGAUGCAGCUGCUGGCCAAUUUGCUCAACAACUACUUAGUCUUGGAGAUGGAAAAAUAGCUGCUGAUCCGACCACUGGACUUAUCACUAUUCCAAAUAAUUUUUGUAAUAUAGUAGACUCAAUAGAAACUCUGAAAACCUGUGUAUUUCCAGAUAUUCGACGCUGUUUUAAUGAUCACAAAUGGCUCUGUGAAAGUGCUAUUCUUGCUCCGAAAAAUGAUAGUGUAAAUGCUAUUAACUUACAGAUUCAACAACAGUUGCCUGGAGUAGACAUUUCAUACAAGUCAAUUGAUACAGUUGUGGACAUUGACCAAGCAGUACAAUAUCCUACCGAAUUUCUCAACUCGCUGGAACCUCCUGGAAUGCCACCACACAGUCUGGUGCUCAAGGUUGGCUCUCCGAUCAUACUUCUAAGAAAUUUGGAUGCACCAAGACUCUGCAAUGGCACAAGGCUUUGUGUGAAAAGCCUAAUGCCCCAUGUGAUUGAAGCAACUAUCUUGACAGGCUGCGCAAAAGGAGAAGAUGUAUUUAUACCACGAAUUCCCAUGGUUCCUAAUGAUAUGCCAUUUGAGUUCAAGCGUCUUCAGUUUCCAGUGCGUCUUGCUUUUGCAAUGUCUAUCAAUAAAGCUCAAGGUCAAUCGCUUAAAGUUGCUGGUAUUAAUCUAGGAACUCCUUGCUUCUCCCAUGGUCAGUUGUACGUAGCAUGUUCAAGAGUAGGAACUGGAACGAAUUUGUACGUUUUCGCUCCUGAUGGUAAAACUCCAAAUAUAUUGUAUAUCAAACAGCUUUGCAAUAAAAAAUGUGUUUAA